CGAAGACUAAUAAGAGAGGGCAGCAACAAGAGAGAAAGAGCAGAAUAAGGUGCCUCUCUCUUGGACUGAUUCGCUUCAAUCGCAGCAUCUAUCUCCUUCUCCCUUCCCCCUCCCUCCCUCCCUCUCUUUCUCUCUAUAUCUAUAUAUCUUCUCUCUCCUAUCUCGUAUUCGAAGGCCAAACCCAGAAGAGGAAGAAAAGUGUAGGUGAUAACCAAGUGACCCAACGGUUGUGGUGGUGAUUCCAUAAUUUCUUUCGUCUCUGAUUCCUUCUCUUCUCAAUAAUGUCUUCCUUGUCCUCCCGCAUUGAACACUCCGCCUUCUCCUUAUAGAGCCCGCUUCUUCCUCUCCUUCACAUUAUUUCUCUCACCCUUUUCCGUUCUUCCGUUCUUCCUCUGCUUCAUCUUCUCAACUCCCAUGGCCGUCCAAGCUCAAUACCCAUCCAAUAUUCUCCUCCUCAACAGAAACGAACAGGAAGGACAUGAUUAUUCGUUACAGCCACAACCGGGAGGGCUUCUUGAUCAGUCUCAUAUCUUGUUCAACAAUGGAGGUACUAAUUCUCGCAAGAGAGGCAGAGAAGCAACGGCAGCCACCUGCGUCGCCCAAACAACUCCUAACGGUCUUAAUCCCUUCUCUUUGCAAUCCCAGCCUCCUCAGCUCGUAGAACUCUCUCAGCUCCAUAAUCACCAACCAAAUGUGGUCUCCACCGGCCUCCGAUUAUCCUUCGGCGACCAUCAACAGCAACAAAGACUGCAACUACAGCAACAACGCCAGCAACAACAUCAACAAGCCUGUCAGCCCUAUGCUUUCUUAUCUCUAUUACCUGAAGGAUUUGCCUCCCAGAUCAAACAACAGCGUGAUGAGAUUGAUCAAUUUCUCCAAGCCCAGGGAGAACAAUUGCGACGAACAUUAGCCGAGAAGAGACAGAGGCAUUAUCGUGCACUUCUAAGCGUGGCGGAAGAAUCGGUGGCCCGGCGGUUAAGAGAGAAGGAGGUUGAGAUGGAAAAGGCAACGCGCAGAAAUGCCGAGUUAGAAGCGCGCGCGGCGCAACUUAGCGUGGAGGCCCAGGUUUGGCAGGCAAAGGCAAAGGCACAGGAGGCAACGGCGGCGUCUCUGCAAGCGCAACUGCAACAGGCUAUGAUGAGCGGUGGUGCGCAGGAUAAAGGGGGAGGGUGUUUCGCGGAGGACGGAGGGCUGUCUUGUGCAGUGGGUGGGGAGGGCCAACCGGAGGACGCCGAGUCAGCGUAUAUUGACCCGGACCGAGUCGUGGCAUCGGGACCCAAAUGCAGAGGCUGUGGGAAGCGAGCGGCAUCGGUGGUGGCAUUGCCGUGUCGGCACUUAUGCAUCUGCACGGAAUGCGACGCGCAUUUCCGAGCGUGUCCCGUCUGCCUCACCGUCAUCAAUUCAACCGUUGAAGUCUUCCUCUCUUAGCCCCUAAUCCUCUUUGCGCACAUCCAAUCCAUGUCCAUACCAAUGGCCCGGUAAGAGGCCCAACUGAAAAUUAAAAUUAUAUAUAAAUAUAUAUUAAUAAAAUUAAUCUUUUUCGUCCCCCUUAAAACCAAGGUUUGGAUUAAGAUUAUCUUAGCCGUCUCUGAUCUGAGGCUUGAGAAAUGCCUUUCUUUUUUUGUAUUUACUUUUGAAUUCCCCUCUUGGAGUAGAGUAACCUGGAGGUGUUGUACAUGGCCGCUUCUCUUUUCCCCCCCUUGUACUGGCUCUUGGUUUUGGAAAUUCAAUCAUAUUCUUUCAUUUCAUUAUAUAUAAUUUGUCGGUCUCA